CAGAGCUGGGUUGCGCGGAGGGACAGCGGGCGGGACGGGGCGUGCAGUGCGGGACAGCGCCAUGAGGGAGAUCGUGCACAUCCAGGCGGGCCAGUGCGGCAACCAGAUCGGGACCAAGUUUUGGGAAGUGAUAAGUGAUGAGCAUGGCAUUGACCCAGCCGGAGGCUAUGUCGGUGACUCAGCGCUGCAGCUGGAAAGGAUCAAUGUCUACUAUAACGAAUCAUCUUCCCAGAAAUUCGUGCCAAGAGCAGUCUUGGUGGACUUGGAGCCGGGCACCAUGGAUAGUGUGCGAUCUGGUCCUUUUGGUCAGCUCUUUCGGCCUGAUAAUUUCAUCUUUGGACAAACUGGUGCAGGAAACAACUGGGCCAAAGGACACUAUACUGAAGGGGCAGAGCUGGUUGAUUCUGUACUUGACGUAGUGAGAAAAGAGUGCGAACACUGCGAUUGCUUGCAAGGAUUUCAGCUCACUCAUUCCCUGGGAGGAGGGACAGGGUCUGGCAUGGGAACCCUGCUCAUCAGCAAAAUACGAGAGGAAUAUCCUGACAGGAUAAUGAAUACCUUUAGUGUCAUGCCCUCUCCAAAGGUUUCUGAUACAGUGGUGGAGCCUUAUAAUGCCACACUCUCGGUCCACCAGCUGGUUGAAAAUACAGAUGAAACCUACUGCAUUGACAAUGAAGCUUUGUAUGACAUUUGCUUCCGCACCCUGAAGCUUACCACUCCAACAUAUGGUGAUUUAAACCACUUGGUUUCUGCUACCAUGAGUGGGGUAACUACAUCGCUGCGUUUUCCUGGCCAACUCAAUGCUGAUCUCCGGAAGCUGGCAGUGAAUAUGGUCCCAUUCCCACGCCUUCACUUUUUCAUGCCAGGCUUUGCUCCUUUGACAGCCCGAGGCAGCCAGCAGUACCGAGCACUCACUGUUCCAGAGCUCACCCAGCAGAUGUUCGAUGCCAAAAACAUGAUGGCAGCCUGUGACCCGAGGCAUGGGAGAUACCUGACAGUGGCUACUGUCUUCCGUGGCCCCAUGUCAAUGAAGGAGGUUGACGAGCAGAUGUUGGCCAUCCAGAACAAGAACAGCAGUUACUUUGUGGAGUGGAUCCCAAACAAUGUUAAGGUGGCAGUGUGUGACAUACCGCCUCGUGGCCUCAAGAUGGCUUCCACAUUCAUUGGCAACAGUACAGCCAUUCAAGAGCUCUUCAAAAGGAUAUCUGAGCAAUUUUCAGCCAUGUUCAGGAGAAAGGCCUUCCUCCACUGGUUCACAGGAGAAGGAAUGGAUGAAAUGGAAUUUACGGAAGCAGAAAGCAACAUGAAUGAUCUGGUGUCAGAGUAUCAGCAAUACCAGGAAGCUACAGCAAAUGAUGGAGAAGAAACAUUUGAAGAUGAGGAAGAAGAGAUCAAUGAAUAAAGAAAUUAGGUAUGCUAUUUUCCAGGCCAAAUUCUCACAUCUGGAUUUCUAAUAAUUAGGCUUAUAAAUCUGUAUUUAGGCUUCAAAAUGAGGGGGGGGAGGAGAGAAAAGGGAGCACAACUCAGAUAUCAGAGCUGCUCUUCAGAGUCCAUUGAGGUCACUGGGAACUGAGGACGUUCUGCAUUUCUGAAAAUCAGGCUAUUUCUAUUCAUGAGACAAAUGUAAGGCAUUCAUGUAAGACUUUAGUCUAAGAGUCUGAACACAGAAAUUGGUAGGUUGGGAUCUUUUAUUCCAAACAAACUUCGUCUUCCAUAUUUUACAAAAAAAAAAGAAGUAAUGCAGGCAUGAAAAUCUACAAAACAGAACUGCACUAUUUUCAUCCAAUUAUGAGUAAGAAAAUCUUGUGGGUUUGAAGUAUUCAUUCUGUACUGAGUAUACAAUACUGAACUGCCAGGAACAAGAAUUUAUUGAUUAAAAAAAAGAACAAAAAGUUAUUAAUUGUUCUGUACAGUAACUAUUAAAGAUGACAUUUGAUUCAAAUUCUCUGAAAACAAAAUAAAAAAGGCUAGUAUCAUCUCAAGUAAAAGUGUUCUGGGCAGUCAAUGCUGUAUAAAUAUCCAGUGAGCUGCAGGCCAAGGGCUGAAUUUAUGCUAUGUGACUUUUCCACUUGUUGCUGAGUAAUGGUGGGUUAUGUGUGUGAAAUAUGUCCACUUGUGGUAUGUUCUUUAAGGACUCUCUGGAAGCACAAUAUCAUGCAGUCCCCUGGCUUUCUGGCCAGCGCCAGGUAAUGGUGAUUCUGGUUCCUGUCUCCACUCCACCUUGCCUAUAUACCUGAAAUUCAUGUUCUCCACAGCAUGGUGGGAAAGGAGACUAUGUGUUGAUGUAUCCUUUCUACCCCCAGUUUGAAGUUCACACCUAUGGGUGCUAUGGAUGUUUUAAAAUCACUGGGCAGACUGAGAUUAAAGUAAAGUACAACUAUUUAUCCAUGGUAACCAAAACAGCUGGCAAAAUGAAAGAUGAACGUCAAUUUAUCUGCUUACAUGACAGCUGGAACAGAAAGGUCUCUGUCUUGCACAACUGACUUGCUGCCUUGACAAAAUGACUGUUGGGUGUUCACUCUUUGUGCAUACUUUGUGCUUCUGGCCAUAUCAAUUAAACAGCCCUUCUCCAUUAGAGAGCCUUCACUGGAGAACACUGCCUACAUGGAGUGUCCUAUUUAGGUCAGUUUCUAGGCAACAAAGCAAGCAAACAAAGGAAAAACCUUCUGGAAAUCCAAACUUAAUAUGUUUCUGGACUCUGGUCUUUUUCGCCUUGCUUUCUGAAGCACUUUCUAAGCAGCAACCUUGCUCAGAACUUAAAAAACAAUGCUUCACAAAUAUAUUUUCCAAAGAUCCAUUGUUCCUGAAAAUAUUUAUAGUUUGGGAUUCAGGGAAUGAGAUGAUUGCAUUUUACAUAUAGCUGCAAACCACACACGCUGAAGCUGUCAAUUUUGUUCUACAUGGAACUGAAAGUUCAAGUACAAGUAAAAGCACUGGCACAGCUGCUUCUGAGUGAAGGAGGAGCAGCCAUCUUUUAAAUUCUGGGACUUUAUUUCACUGUAAUACAGAAUUAAUGAGUAGCUCCCAGCUGUGAAUUCUGAUAUUAUUAAUUAAAAUGUUUACUACGUGAAAUGCCAGGAAUCUUAAGUAACUGAGCAUUCUCUUGUGAACCAGCUUCUUUGCUUUUCAUACAUUGACUCAAAACCCAGAAUGCAGAUUCUGAACCCAUAAAAUCCACAACUGACAGUGUUCUCUGAUUCUAUUUUGACUCAAUCAUUCUUUCACAAGUUUAAUUCCAACUGUUGGGUGUGAAGGUAGGAGGGACAACUUAAUGUCCCCUUUAGAGCAAAAGGAAACAUCUUCCAUGUAAUUUUAGAAGAAAGCAAACAGCCCAAGGAGCCUGCAGUAAGAACAUCACCAGCUUGCAUGAAAGCAGUAAGAGCCAUUGAAGUGGGAAUGCUUCUUUUUCAUUCAAGUAAUUUUCUAAUCUUCCUUUUAUGACACAAAACCAAAAAUCUUUAGCAACAGGUUUGUUGAACAUUUCUUUCAGUUGCCUUUCUUUUUGAAUAAUUACUUUCUGCUCCUAAAAACUUCUCUCUUUUUUUGAAAUUUACCUAUCAAGUCCUGCCUUUGUCUUUUUCACAUUCCUUUUUUCGUUUUUCAGUUUCCCUCCAUGUUUUUCAACUCGGUCACCCUUUCCUUUUCUUCCCAUGGCUGGUCUGCUUUCAUUUUCUCCUUUUUACUGCUAUGCAUCUGGUCACACAAAGAUACACAGCUGCUCGAUGCCAGAUCAAACCAGACCCCAGUGUGUUAGUACCACCCACACACAAAUACCUCUGCCAACAUUUGAAUAAGGGGAGGCACAAAUAAAGAUGACAACCUACACCAUCAAUACCACUUAUAAACAGAGUGGGCAGGUGUGCUUCCAGGCCAGAAACAAGCACCUAACCUGGAGGGAGCAGGUCCUUUGCAAAGAUGCUUUGGUCAAAGCCAGCAAGGCAUUCAGGCAGUUUCUGCCACUGUCUCUGCAUGAGCUACUUUGACCUCUUUAGGCUCUCAAUUUCACUAGUUUGAAGUCACUUCUCUCACUAGGAAAAGGUGGUCACCUCCUGUGAACAAAGUCAAGGCUGGAAGAGGGCCAGACCUGCUCCUCUUCCCAGCAGUAGGACAAACAGAGAAGGCUCAGCUCCCUUCAUGCUGCGCAAGCCUCUACUAGUUGAAGUAGCACUGCUAAAUAUUUGCAUACAAACACAAUCUGACCUUACUGGCAGCCACACCACAGACUAAACUUUGAAGUCUCAAAUUUGUGAGCAGGCUAACCAUCCUCUUUAAAGGAGCAGGUUAGGCAGAUGGUUAAUUUAGUUUUCAUGGCUUUGUUUUGAAUCCAAAAUGCUGGCACAGCACAUUUCUGCCACUUUUGGCACAAAAUACUAAAACUUAUCAAGGUAAGACUACACAAAGUAAGUUGAUGCUCUAAAAUAAUAGAGGCAAAGGAACUUCCGUAUCCCUUACAGUCUCACAAGCUUAUGAACUAUGCUGCAAUUAAACGUGAGUGGAAUUUAAGUCCUACACAUGUAGACAGAACAAAUGGAGUAAGAGAAAACUUCUCAGAGAGAUACUUCUUUUGCAGGCAGGUGGUAACACCCCAAAGAGUUCACUUAGGAUAUUUUGGGAAUAUGGCCAUGGUUUGUGGGUUUGUUUUUUGUUUAUUGGUUUUUUUUUUGUUCGUUUGUUUUUUGUUUUGUCUCUUCAUUUGCUUGUUUGAGGAAGAAUCAAAUAAGGAAUGAGGAUAUUAAGACCUCUACAAUGUAACUACAUUUAGUCCUCAGCACUGGCUACAAACUGCCUGUGAGAAACAGAAAAAAGACGUGUUCCACUAGAUGGGAAAUAGGGAGGCAAACAAACAGCAGUAAGUACAGCUACAUGCAAAUAAACUGGUUGCUACUUUGCCAUGUCUGCCUGAUGGAAGUUUCACAAACAUGAGGAUGGAGUUAACUGUCCCAACAGCUAGGACUUGAUGCUCAGUCUCUGCAGAGCUGUAAAUGCUGCCCCGAGCACUGUCACAGGAUGCACUGGGAGCAACAAACUCAUUAAGUGACAAAAACACAACAAUCUUGUCCUGAAGCAACUUCGGUGAAGUCUAGGGAGAUGAACACAGAGGACUGGAGCCAACCCAAGAUCUGCACCUGUUUCUGCGCCAGCAGCUCUGCUUGGAAGUAAGAGCAAGAGAUUUGCAGUCAAAACUGUUGUAGUAGUACAUUCGAUACAUCUGCUAACUUUUUAUUGCAAAUUGUACAGAAACUGCUGCACAUUUUAAUGGGGGAAGGGAGGCUCUCUCCCUCUUGUUCUCCUAAUGGAUCAGCAAUCUUGUGAUCAUGCCUAAACUUCAGUAAAAGCUCUGUAAAUCUA